CAGUGUUUGGUGCUUGCUCAUCAAACGUGAGCUACUUUUUUUUUUCCUGCUACUUCUACCCUUUUUCUUCAUUUUUCCGUUUUUCAGUGCAUUUUCUUGGAAUUUUCAAAGAUUUCGUGAAUUUUACUGUAAAAUCUGAGAAAAUGGUGAGAUUUUUGUGGAGUUUCUUCGGAAUUUCCAAUUUUUUUUCCUUCAGAUCGUGUCACUGCUUUUAGCUUCAUCAUUCUUUUUUCGUUUAAUCUUAAACUCCGCUUGGGAGCUAAAUUUCAUUUUUUUCAACCUUUCCCUCUUCAGUUAUUUUUCCUAUGUGCUGUAAAUUUCCUGCUCUGGCUGCAGCAACCCCGCUGCUUCCCCUGUCCCAGUAAUCUUUAUCUGGGUUUAUGAUUUUUGAGGUUUCGUUGCUUUCCUUCUCCUCUUUCUGUAUCUGGAAACGCAUUGCUUCUCCGAGUCCUUUCUGCAGAAGUUCCCAAAAUUUUCCGUUUUUCCCUUCCAGAAUAGAAAAAAAGGCUUCUUUUAGCGUGUUACUCUGAUCUUAGGCUUUUUGAGACUUCUCAUUGAAGUCAUGGAUGUGAGAUCUGAGCCCUCUUUCACUAUGAGCAUGCCCAAAAGCUCUCUGGUAACACAGCCAUCGAUCUCUGGUAUGCGGCUCACUGUCACUCCCGAUGGCACCGCAGUUUAUAAGCCAAUUACCCCAACCACACCUAUGACGACAAUCUCUAGUAGCUCAGUUUCCCCAUUUCAUGGUGGUAAUGCUGUUGUCUCCCCCGAUGGUCCUCCGGCUGCAUCACUGGUGACUCCCAGUGGACUAAAUGUGGGUGGUGGCGGCGGUCUGGUGAAGAAGAAACGAGGGAGGCCAAGAAAGUAUGGCCCUGAUGGAAGUAUGGCUCUUGCUCUUACCACAAUUUCCCCAACUUCAGCUGAAACGCCAGGCUUUUCUCUUCUAUCGGCUGGGCAGAUAAACACAGAUCUUUCUGUUUCUGAUCCCUUGAAGAAAGCAAGGGGAAAGCCUUCGGGAUCUGGGAAGAAGCAUCAGUUGCUUGCACUUGGAUCAGCAGGGACUGGGUUUACUCCACAUGUUAUUACUGUUAAGGCUGGAGAGGAUGUAUCAUCAAAGAUCAUGUCAUUUUUCCAGCAUGGACCUCGCGCUAUUUGCAUUCUUUCAGCAAAUGGGGCAAUAUCUAAUGUGACUCUUCGGCAAGCAGCAACUUCUGGUGGAACUGUAACUUAUGAGGGUCGGUUUGAAAUAUUAUCAUUGUCUGGAUCGUUUCUUCUAUCAGAGAAUGAUGAUCAGCGUAGUCGAACUGGUGGUCUGAGCAUUUCUUUAGCUGGUCCUGAUGGUCGUGUCCUUGGCGGUGGGGUUGCGGGACUUCUCACGGCUGCAUCUCCUGUCCAGGUUGUCGUGGGAAGUUUCAUAGCUGAUGGAAAAAAAGAAUUGAAGAAUAUUAAUCUCCUUGAUGGCAUAACCAACAUGGCGAAGCUUGCUCCUGGUGACAACUUUUAUGGUGGUAGUGGUGGCGGUGGUGGGGUUGUCCGCGUUGGGGUGACAACUGGAGGUAUCAGUCCGCCUUCUCGAGGAACACUGAGUGAGUCAUACGGAGGGCCGCCUAGUCCGCUAAACCAAAGCACUGGGACAUGCAAUGACAGCAACCUACAGGGCCUAUCAGGCAUCUCAUGGAAAUGAAAGUUAGGCUUCCUGCUAUACUUAACCCUUGUUGUAACCUUUGUCAUCUUUAGGUCUUCCUGUUGAUGUAGGUUUAUUUGUGCUGUGUACGCAAUUAAUUAAUUAGGUAGAGAGUGAUGCUUAGCAUUGUUAUUUAUUUUUGUAGUUUUGUUUUAGCAUAACUUUUAUGUCACUUAAUUAAGCCUUGAUAUGUAACAUUUCUUUCUUUCUAAUCCACAUUGUAUCAAGUAAUUGCUACUUAGGAGUAUUUAUUUCCAAUUCCA